AUGCACAGCAAAGAACAAAUCAGUCAUGACGAAUACCAGAAGACAGCUGAUUGGCUGAGGUCUCAGACUAGGCACCGCCCCCAGGUGGCGAUCAUCUGCGGGACCGGACUGGGCAUGCUCGCUGACGCGCUCAAGUGUCAGGACUCCUUCGCUUAUUCUGACAUACCAGGCUUCCCACUGAGCACAGUCCACAAAGCUGAGCAGACUGCGGAUCAAAGAACUGAUCGAAAAGAGCCGACAAAGAUCACGACGUUUCCAGUUCGAGUCUUCAAGCUGUUGGGGGUGAAGACUCUGAUCGUGACAAACGCUGCCGGCGCAUUGGCCGACGGCCUCCAGCCCGGUGACAUCAUGAUCAUCAAAGACCACGUCAACUUCCCCGGAUUGGUCGGUCUGAACCCGCUGACCGGACCCAACGAUGACAAGUUCGGGCCUCGUUUCCCGGCCAUGUCAGCCUGCUACGACAAAGACCUGCGUUGCCUCGCGAUGGACAUCGCCAAGCAGCUGGGCGUGUCCGGCCUGAUGCAGGAGGGCGUGUACGCCAUGGUGGGGGGGCCAAACUUUGAAUCCAUCGCUGAGGCCAAACUGCUACAUCGACUCGGAGUGGACGCUGUCGGUAUGAGUACGGCUCCUGAGGUCGUUGUGGCGACUCACUGCGGUCUGAGAGUGUUCGGCCUCUCUCUGAUCACAAACAAGGUGGUGAAGAGCUACGUGGACUCGGACAGUGUGAACCACGAGGACGUCCUCGAAGUCGGAAGGCUGCGCUCUCAAACUGUGCAGCAGUUAGUGACCGAAAUGAUCAGCAGGAUGGAUAUCAAUAAUAACACCACCAAUAAUGCUGUCUGA